AUGUGCGAGUUUCACACGAAGCAGAUCAGUUUAGGGUGCGCAAAUCUGAUUUGGGUUGCGUUGUGUUGCAGCAGGUGAAGCGUUCGAGCACGGACUUCCGAUCAGGAAUCAACGUGAAUCAAUUGAUUGUCACAAUUUACGGACCGGCUGAGAGAUGUACAGUUGUACUUGGCAUCUCGUCUGACCCUUUGUGCUGCUGUGUAGACUGCACGGAUUUCUGGAACGAGUCUUUCAGGGCCGUGUGAUGAGGAACGACCGCGAGCCGACCGCAAACCGAACUUCUGGAAUUUUUUGUGGCACAGUUUUUUGAGAAAUUCAAUCAGCCUAUUCUGUUUUGCAACAAUCUCUCGGACAAAGUUCAUCCUGUAAUGCCUUUUAUCUGAUUUCAUUGCUCAUUUUUAUUCAUUGGCAACCUGUAAGCUGCAGUAGCACGAAAGUAUUGAAACUUGUGGCACUGCUGUUCAACGCAAAUCAGAUCAGUUUAGGGUGCGCAGAUCUGAUUUGCGUUCCGCUGCGUUGCAGCAGGUGAAGCGUUCGAGCACGGACUUUCGAUCAGGAAUCAACCUGAAUCAAUUGAUUGUCACAAUUUACGGACCGACCGAAAGAUGUACAGUUGUACUUGGCAUCUCGUCUGACCCUUUUGUGCUGCUGAGUUGACUGCACAGAUUUCUGGAACGAGGCUUUCAGGGCCGUGUGAUGAGGAACGACCGCAAGCCGACCGCAAACCGAACUUCUGGAAUUUUUUAUACAGGCACCUUCAUAUUCUUUAUUAUCUCAAACCUUCAAGUAUACUCUAUGUUAUAAACCAAUGAGACAAUCUAUGACCUAUUUGUUCUAAUCGAUAAACCUGAAUUGCUAUCCCAGGCCAUAUCUAUUCUCGCCGAGUUCUCUACAGAAAUUCGUGAUUCUGAAGAAGAUCUAGAAAAGGAAAGAGGAGCUGUUCUUGAGGAACUACGCAUUGGUCGCAAUGCCUUGGGGCGAAUGCAAGAAGCGCAUUGGUUGUUGAUGAUGAAAGGAUCUCAGUAUGCCGAUCGUCAGCCAAUUGGAUUGGAAAGUGUCGUCAGAAACGUAUCGGCCAAAACCGUUCAAGAAUUUUAUCAACGGUGGUGUCGACUGAACCACAUGGCCAUUGUUGCUGUCGGUGACUUUCCAGACACCAAUGCUGUUGUCAAUCUUAUCAAAACUCACUUCGAACACAAGCGUAAUCCCGUUACAGAAGGCCCUCCCAGGGAGAUUCCCCUUCUUCCUGUACCUCCUCACGAUGAACCCCGAUUCUCAUGUUUUGCAGAAGCAGAAGCUGGUGGGGUAAGUAUCUGCGUUCUGCCUUAAAAACCGUUAAGCUUUCAUUCUUUGGAUUAGGUAGUGAGCAUUUCUUC